CACACACACAAUAUGCAAAACUGAACAGUUGUUUCUGACACACACACAAAUAUAACCACUUUUCAUAACCUCAACUUCCACAUGACUUAGUACAACCAUGUACACACACACACACACACACACACAGAGGCAUUUAUCACACAAAGAGCUUAUCCCAUGCGCGUUGAGAAAUUCUGAUGACAAAGAUAAUUGGAUUUAAUGUAGAGGAAAUACACAUCUCUUUAUGCCUCAUUUUCACACACACAAGAGCGAUCAUCUGUCAGUUCUUCUGAGAACUAAACAGUAGCGUGCUAUCUUCGGCCUUAACCUCCAUGAUGACCUCAAACUUCUCAAUGAGCCCCUCAAACUCCUCGGAUACUAAAGACUACCACACAGUCCUCCUGGUCAUCAACUCAGUGGUUCUACUCAGCGGCAUCAUCAGCCUGAGCCUGAUGAUACACAUCAUGAGGUUCAGUGCCAAAUCCAUCACCUCCACCGCUGUGCUCAACCUCAUCUUCACCCACUUUGUCUUCCUCCUCACUGUGCCCUUCAGGAUUUACUAUUACGCCACUCAAGAUUGGAAGCUGGGCCACGAGUGGUGCAGAGUGAUCAGCGGCAUGAUCCACAUCCAUAUGUAUAUGUCAUUUCUGUUCUACGUGAUCAUCCUCGUCACACGCUUGUUGUCAUUCUACUACAACUAUGAGGUCGUGGCUUCCUUCCAGAGAUUUCACGGUCUCCUCGUCAGUGGAGUGGUGUGGACGGUGGUGCUCGUUGUGGUCCCUUGCAUCAUGUGUUUUGCCUAUGGCAAGAAAGAUGUAAUUCCAAGCAGUGGAGGCGACAGAAAUACCACUCAGUGCUUCAAAUUUGGCAAAAACAUAGGAGAUAAUGCAAAGGUGUUCAACUACAUCGUAAGCACACUCAUCAUAUUGGUAGCUGCAGUGCUGACAGGCCUCCAAGCCAACGUCCUGAGGGUUUUAUACAAGAAGCACCGCGAGGGGUGCAGCUCCCAGCAGGACUUCGGGGCUCAGCAGAAGAGUCUGUGCUUCGCUCUCGUCAUGGUCGUCUGCUUCAUCCCCUACCACAUGUUCCGGCUGAAAUACAUAAAUGAUAUCUACCUGGAGAACGUCAACGAGGUGUUUCUGACUCUGACCACUUUCAAUUGUUUGGACAUGCUCACCUUCUUGGGCAGGAGAACCUGGUUCAUGUGCUGCCCCAAAGUGGCUUUUUGACAUCUGUUGGAAGUGAUCGCGGGUCCAGAUACUUUAUUUGGUGGGAAUCAGGUUGGGUUCAUUCAGGUUCAAAAUGCCUAUUGUGCAUUUCUAUAAAAAGCAGAAUGUUACAAAAACAAAAAAACAAUAAGUAAAACCGAUUAUUAUGAAACAUACAACAAUAAUCUUUGCUCAGCGGCUAUUUACUGGUCUUUAUAUCAUAUGUUGUUGUAUUUAUCGUGCUUUCCCAUGUUUAGGUCCUCCCACUGUCGCGUCGAUCUGCACUUUUUUUGUCAAAUCAUUUUCCAAUCUUUGCUCCCUAUUAUUGGAAAGUUGAACGUGUUGAGAAAGAAAGAAUAAAUGAGAGUUUGAUCUGAC